AUGCGAACUGUACUUUCUCGUAUCGGGGCCUUUUGUUUAUUUAAUCAUGUUCCAACUGCAGCAUUAGCAAGACAAAAUUGUCAUUUAUUAAAUUCACAGCUGGCUGCUGUUACUACCAUAUUCACACGUCCUCGUUAUUAUACUUCUGGACCUCAAGGUCAUAUUAGAGAUGCUACUGACUCUGCUUUUUCCAAAAAAGAAAAGGCUGAUGCUGAGAAAAUUAAACAUCUUCGUGAAGAAAUUGCUAAACAAAAGGAAAAAUUGGCAGAAAUUGAAGGAAACCUAGAUGAACUUCAUAGUAAUAAUAAAAAGGAUUAG